UCUUGAUUAAUUAUUUUUUUCUCUUCUCGCUUAAUUCCCUUGGUGGUAGCUGACGCUGAUCAUAGCCUGAUAAUGGUUUUACCAGGCCUAGGCCAAACACCCAUCUCCAUGAAGAGCAACGGCGCCGGUGUAGGGUCGCAUAGGAUGAGUACCCAUGGUUUUAAAAAGGGCCCAUGGACCACUGCCGAGGAUGCCAUCUUGAUGGAGUACGUGAAGAAGCACGGAGAAGGGAAUUGGAAUGCUGUGCAGAAGAAUUCGGGGUUGAUGAGGUGUGGGAAGAGUUGUAGGUUGAGAUGGGCUAAUCAUUUGAGGCCUAAUCUCAAGAAAGGUUUCUUUUCUCCGGAAGAAGAGAAGAUCAUAAUCGAACUUCACGCUAAACUUGGCAACAAAUGGGCUCGUAUGGCCGCCCAGUUACCUGGCAGAACUGACAAUGAGAUCAAGAAUUACUGGAAUACAAGAAUGAAGAGACACCAAAGAGCUGGGCUACCCAUUUACCCUCAUCAAGUACGAGAUGAAGUCGCUGGACUUGUUCUCCAACAACAGCAGGAAGAGCAACAAAUUCAACAAUAUGAAGGACGAAAGCGAUCUAGCUCUUCUUCAUUAUCAUCUAAUUUCCUUUACUCUUCCCAGGGUAAAAAUGAGCACGAUUAUAUUUCAUAUUUCUCUUUGUUAGAUUCCAUGAUUUCCUCAUCAGCUCGACAGAAUAAAGCCAUCCCUUCAUUUUACUCCAACCUUUGUACUAGCAGUAGCAAUAACGGUGGUUUGGUUCCUCCUCUGUCCCAUAGUUUUCCAUUUGUAUCAUCAUCCUCAAAUUUGUAUAACCAAAACAUAACCUCCCAAUUACCAGCGCCAUCAUUCCACUUCAAUUCCGGAACUUUUGAGCAAACUUUAAGCUUUAGUUCAUUGCUAAUGGGCGCUCAAACUGAGCCAAUCGACUUCGUUCCAGGGUUGAAAGCGGAGCUUCCUUCAUCUCAAACACCACAACAACCAACAAGUACUCCUAGUCCUACUUCUCUUUACCCAAGCAUUGGCAGUGCUUGUGUGGUUGCAGUUUCAAGCAACACAAACAAUUACUGUGAACCUAAGGGAAGUAGUGGCUUGUUGGAUGCACUCUUGGUGGAGUCUAGUUCUUUGUCUCGUAAUGAGAGACAAGAAUGCGAAGAAUUUCCACAAGUGAUUGAUAAAGGGGAAGACGUUAUGGACUCAGUUAAUGUGGAGGAGGAAGGGGAAGAUGACGAUAAUAAGUGCGCUGUUGAAAAGCAAUGGGAUCAUUUUAGCUCUUCUCAGCCGUCAAAGGGGGUGAAAUCAAGUGAUGAAAGCAUAGAAAGGAUGAAUUCCAUGGACGAGGACUUGCUCAGCUUACUCAACAAUUUCCCCUCAUCGACACCACUACCAGAGUGGUACACCAAGACCACUCGUAUGUCUAAUGGGUCAUCGUCUGGUGGUAUGAGAGACGGUAAUAUGGUGCUUUACGCUGGACAAAACGUUUCACCAGCCCCCGCUGCAACGGCGAACCUUAAUCGGGCCUUGGGUUCUUGCUGUUGGAAAAAUAUGCCUGGCAUUUGUUAAAUUCUCUAGUAAAGACGCCCGUUUGGAUUGAUUCUAUAUCAAGGAAUAGGA